GAAGCAAGGGGAAAAAAAAGAGAGAGAGAGAGAAAGGCGGAAAGCGGCAAAAUGGGUAGCGGGUGACAUCACCGUCAUUUGCAUAGGCGCGGGGAUAAAACCGCCCCGCCAGCGAGCCGUCUUUAUACUGGCGUGCGGAUCGGCGGCAGCAGCGAGCGGCGGGGCUGAGCAUCACCGCGCGGCGACACCGAGUCACCUGCCAACAUGUCCGACAAACCAGACAUGGCUGAGAUCGAGAAAUUUGACAAGUCCAAAUUGAAGAAGACAGAGACGCAAGAGAAAAACCCGCUGCCUUCAAAAGAAACAAUUGAACAGGAGAAGCAAGCGGGUGAAUCGUAAUGAAAUCUGCCCUUCCAAAUUAUGCACUGUACAUUCCACAAGCAUUGCCUUCUUAUUUUACUUCUUUUAGCUGUUUAACUUUGUAAGAUGCAAAGAGGUUGGAUAAAGUUUAAAAUGACUGUACUGCCCCUUUCACAUCAAAAGAAUAGAGAGAACUACUGACACUGAAUGAAGGCGCUGCCUUUCCCUCUGCCUGUCUGGCUUUGGUCCUGGUGGCAUGAAAGAGCUUGCAUGUUGAUGAAAGAAGAACUUGGGAGGGACUACAGUAAACUAGAGUAACACACGAAUAAAUGCAAAGCUGUACCAAGGUCCUGCGAGCUGUAAAAUGCAGUUAAUCGAGUGCCAUUUUUUUUUUUUUUGUUCAAAUGAUUUUAAUUAUUGGAAUGCACAAUUUUUUUAAUAUGCAAAUAAAAUGUUUUAAAACCUG